AUGUUCUCAGAGUCGAGCAGUGAGCUUGUGGUUGACAUGCGUGGGAACUCACAAUUCGUUUUGACUGUGUUUACCUUUGUGAGGUGUGAUGAACCAUCAGGGCGGAACGGGACAAUCCGACUGACCAACCACACUUUAUUAGUGCAAGCAGAGGUUAUAGAGCGAAAGAACAAUAAGGCGUAUGUUCACUAUACGAACUCUGAUAAGAGACUGGAUGAAUGGGUGGAUAUCGAAGCGUUGCAUCUGCUGCAGGCAGAGAAUGGUGCAGAGACUAGAGAAGGGAGGUCGAGCCGGGCCACCAGGGCACAGAAGCGAAAGCUAGAAGAAGCCCUCGAUUCUGCCAGUGAAAGCGCAUUAACGCCUGGAUCUCAUAUUGACAGUGACACGCUUUUUCACGACGAUGAGGAGAGAAGUAUCCUAGAACAGCAGCGGAAGACGUACCGCCGAAAUUACCCCCAGGUUGUAUUUGGGUACUGGAAAAUUAAAACAUGGUGCGUCAUCAGGCACCGUUCCCUUUGUGCUGACCUUGAACAGACAACCCAGAUGCUUGUUGGCAGCGCAGACGAUGCCGAUGAAGAUUCGGCAGAGGCAAAUCUUUAUGUUUGUGACCGAUGCUUUAAGUACAUGAAGGACGGCGCGACAUGGGAAGUGCAUUCCAGGACAUGCGAUGUCUCGCACCCUCCUGGACGGAAGGUCUAUCAACGGGGUGCUCACACCAUUUGGGAAGUUGAUGGCGCUCAACAGAAACUAUACUGCCAAAACCUCUCCUUAUUUGGAAAGUUUUUCAUUGAUGUCAAGACGCUAUUCUUUGACUGCGAAAAUUUUAUGUUCUAUGUAUUGACUGAUGCCGACUCACGAAGGGAUCAUGUAUUAGGAUUCUUCUCCAAGGAAAAAGUAUCGUAUGACGAUUAUAAUCUUGCUUGCAUUGUCAUUUUGCCUCCGUAUCAGAGAAAAGGGUAUGGUAUGCUGUUGAUCGAAUUCAGCUACGAACUUUCCAGGCGGUCAGGGAAGCUUGGGACACCUGAGAGACCCUUAUCAGACUUGGGAUUACGCAGUUAUCUGGCCUACUGGGUAGCGGUACUGGUCCGGUUCUUUCGAAACAACAGUAAAGUGCUGACCGUUGCGCCAGCAGAAGUGGUGUCUGAUGCGUCUUCCUCAAGUCCAUCGAGUCCGACAACUUUGAAGCGGAGGAAACGAUUGAAGGGUUUCGAAGGUGAAGUUUCUGAGACGCUCGCUGGUCUGCCACAAAGCUCCUAUAUAACACUCAUUGAAGAACCAUCAUUUGGUUCGUUUCGAACGACUCAAACUACCGUUUCAGAGAUUGACGGAAGUGCAACGACGCACCUCACUAUUAAAUGCACCUUGAUGGAUAUAUCAAAGGCAACCAACUUACGACCGGAGGAUGCAGCUUUUGCUAUGGAGGAAUGUGGAUUGCUCAGUCGUAGUGAAGUCAUCGUUAUUUCCCGUGAAAUGGUGGAAGCCGUAGCUGCUGAGCACAAAGUGAAGCCUGCGGUAUUAGAUAUGGCUCAUAUCUUAUCGUGA